AUGAAUGGGACAAUGAUAAUGAUGCGAAAUUAUCACUCAUAUCGCAGCUAUUUUCUGCUCUUUAUCAUCGUUAUGAUAUUAACAACUUUCGAUCAAUCUGUUCAACAAUCAAAUUUUGGUUAUAAUUAUAAGAAUAAUUAUGGUGAAAAUGGAAAAGCUUAUGAAGAUAGUAAUAAUGAUAAUGUUGAUGAUGAUGAUGAUGAUGAUAACAUUAUUGGUAAUGAUAAUCGAAAUAUUGCGUCAUUUCAAUAUUAUGAAGAUUUGGAUAAUACAAAUGAUAAGGCUUACAUUUUACCGAUCUCAAAACCAAUUGGACAAGUGACAGGCCUUGGAAUUAAUUCACAAGGAUAUCUUUUAGCUUUUCAUAGAGCUGAUCGAGUAUGGAAUCGACGGUCAUUUGAUAAAUAUAAUAAAUUUGAUGAAAAUCUUGGACCAAUAAAAAAUGCAACAAUCUAUAUGAUUGAUCCGCAUUCUGGUACAGUGAUAAAGGAAUUUGGCAAAGAUAUUUUUUACAUGCCACAUGGAUUAACGGUGGAUAGCAAUGAUAACAUUUGGGUAACAGAUGUUGGAUCACAUCAGGUAUUCAAAUAUGAUAAGAAUUUCAAAUUAUUGAUGAAACUUGGUGAACAUCUGAAACCAGGUUCUGAUAAGAGACAUUUUUGUAAACCAACUGAUAUAGCCGUUGCCCAUAAUGGACACUUCUUUGUGGCCGAUGGUUAUUGUAAUAAUAGAAUCAUGAAGUUUGAUGAAAAUGGCAAACUAUUAGCAGAAUUUGGUCAUUCAAAUGGUUUUGGUGCGGUAGCGAAUAAUCAAUUUUCGAUACCACAUUCGAUAGCUCUUAUUGAGGAUUUAAAUUUGAUUUGUGUGGCAGAACGUGAAAAUGAACGGAUUAAAUGCUUUAGUGCUGGCAUUGCUGAUGAACAACGAGCAUUACCAACCGGAAUGUUAAUUACUAAAGCGGAAAGUGUUGGUCGAAUUUAUGCAAUUCGUGAAAAAAGACACUAUUUGAUUGGUGUUACUGAUUCGGAUGGUGGAAGUAUUGAACCACAAUUAUUUGUGAUGGAUAUGAACAGUGGAAAAACGGAUACAUUUGUUAAAGGAAUCGAAAAUGCUCAUUGUUUAGCAAUUUCGGAUAAUGGCAUCGUUUAUGUUGGACAAACUGAGCCGAAGCAAAUCGUUCAACUUUCGCUACGUGAUCAGUAA